AUGGGUUGUGUCCAGGGAAAGCCAUCACCAAGUUAUAAUCACCAACAAUCAUGUGGUGGAGGAGGUAGUGCCAGUCUUAGUAAGUUGAAGUUUAAUAAUGAGUAUGUUACAGCUGCAAGUGCCAAACAUGUUGUUUCACACAAAUCCUCUUCCUUAGUUGAAGUAUUGCCUGUCAUCGAUAUGGAGAACAGUAGUGUGAAAAGUAAUCAUGUUAACGUAGAUGAUAUUAAUGUUAAUGAUAAUGGUAAUACAAGCAGAUUAAAGGAAAAUGAGAAUGAUCAAUUAAGGAAAAUUAGUAGGCAAGGAAUUGGGAAUGUUUCUCAAAGAAUGCUUAAGAAAAUUAGUUCAGAUGAACUAGUCGAUGGACGAUGGCCUAAAUGGCUUGUCGAUAAUAUCCCAAUCAAUGUUUUGGCUAAUUUGGUUUCUAAAACUGCCGAUUCUUAUGAUAAGCUUGCCAAGAUAGGCCAUGGAACAUAUAGCAAUGUAUAUAAAGCUCGAGAUAGGGAUACAGGAAAGAUUGUAGCUUUAAAGAAAGUCCGUUUUGACACAUCAGAGCCGGAGAGUGUGAAGUUCAUGGCAAGAGAGAUAAUCAUUCUACAGAAACUUGACCAUCCAAACAUUAUCAAGCUUGAAGGUCUUGCCACAUCUAGAAUGCAAUAUAGUCUCUAUCUGGUCUUCGACUACAUGCAAUCAGAUUUGACCAGAAUUAUCUCUCAACCGGAAGGAAGGUUAACCGAACCACAGAUCAAGUGCUAUAUGCAGCAGCUGUUGUCUGGUCUGGAACACUGUCAUGGAAGAGGGAUUCUACACCGGGACAUUAAAGGAUCAAACUUGUUAAUAGAUCGCAAUGGGAUGCUAAAAAUAGCAGAUUUUGGGCUUGCAAACUAUUACAUUCAUAAACAGAAACAGCCCCUAACAAGCCGAGUUGUGACACUUUGGUAUAGAGCUCCAGAGCUGCUUUUAGGCACUACAGAUUAUGGAGUCGGUAUUGAUCUUUGGAGCACAGGAUGUCUCUUGGCUGAAAUGUUUGUGGGUAGGCCAAUAAUGCCCGGAAGAACAGAGGUUGAACAGCUUCACCGGAUAUUUAAGCUUUGUGGAUCUCCAACCGAGGACUACUGGAAAACCAUUAAGCCACCAACAACCUUUCGACCACCACAAAACUAUGUCCCUAGUUUCCAUGAAGCAUUUACAAAUUUUCCAACUCCCUCAUUUGGCCUCUUAACCACACUACUAGCUUUAGACCCAACGUCUCGUGGAACUUCUGCUUCUGCACUCCAAAACCCAUUCUUCUAUUCAAGUCCAUUAGCAUGUGAGCUCUCGGGUUUGCCCAUUAUGAACAAAGACGAGGAUGAACCGAUGCACUUCCAUGAUAGAAAGAAAAACCGAACCUUGAAAUCUAAGCAAAGAAGUGGGAGAUCUCGGAAAGGUCAUGCAAGAAACACCUCCAUUUCUGAACCCUCAACAGAAAUUUCUGGAUCAUCUAGAGAGUAUGAGAAGCAGAUUGACAAGAACUCAAUAUGCCAAGAAAUAGAUGAAAGAAAAUGUAGCGCCUCAUUCAGUAAAGGGACAAACAUGAUGACAACGGCGCCCUCACCACCAUUUACCCUGGCCUUCAUUUCUAAUCCUCCUAAUGACAGGUCUGCAAGAACUGAAGCUCACCCUAAUGCGUUAAAAAACAUAAAGAAUUUCCCUUUGUUACUCGCAUCUAUCACUCAAAGUGUCAAUCACAUGGAAGAGAACCGGAAUGGUCUCAACCGUCGAUCCAUGUCUAAUGUCGAUUUUCGACAUCUAGAUAUUGAGAAAAUAUCUAAACUCUUUGGAUUAGAUGAUGAACGUUAGAAUUUUGUUAGACACUUCAUUUCAUAAUUCAUGUUUUACCUCUC